AUGUCAUACAUAAAAAAAAAAGGAAACAACACUAAUAUUAAUUCCAACACUGUUAGUGAUUACAACAAUCAGACCAUGAAUAACAACGAUAUCAACAAUGAUACACAAACUUCAUAUAUUUCACCAUCAAUUCUAACAAUCCCGCCUGAAAUUUUCGCUGAAAUUUCCAUAAACUUAUCACCAAUCGACCUUAUUUCACUAUCACAAGUUUGUAAUCAUCUCCGGAGCUUACUAUGCUCGACCAGUUCACAAACGACUCAAGCAAUCUGGCGUGCAUCGCGUCUUUUGUUCAUGCCUAGGCUUCAAAUGGCGCCACCUGAUGGCAUGGACGAGAAAUCCUAUAUCGAAUUGAACAUGCUGGAGCGUGGAUGUCAAUUUUGUGGACACCCUGACGAUACUGUUAAGGUUAUUUGGGUCUUUAGAGUUAGAACAUGUGGAGUUUGUUUAGAUGGCCGUACUGCGAGAUAUUUCGAUCUAGCAGUUAAAGAAGAUAUCCCCGAUCACAUUCUCGCUAUUCUUCCAUACACUGGGAAUCACGCUGACCGUCUUUAUUGGCGUGAUAAUGUAAUUUCAGCAAUGCAAGAAUAUGAAAAACUCACAACCGAAGAAGACCGACAUAACUGGCUAGUAAAGAAAAAACUUGCCAAUGUAAAUAGAAUGUCGGAUGCUACGGUUCGUGAAGAUGCUUUAAUUGAACAAGAAUGGAAUAAGAAUUGGCGAUUUAUACAUAGUCGAAUGGAGAUUGUGUUGAGAAAAUUGCAAGAACAGCUGAAUUUGUUACAGGAUUUAGCAGAACUUAGUGAUUAA